UGUAUCUAAAUUUUAUAAUGUUCUUCUUUAUAUUUGGAAUAGCAAUGGAAUAUCAAUUGGCAGGAAUGAAUUCAGAUUACAUGACACCAAUAUCUCAAUUUCCUAAAAUGUUAACUGAAAGUUUAAAAAUUGUGAAUACAAGUGCCGAUGCAUGCACCGAUAUUUAUAAAUACGCAUGCGGAAAUUAUGGCCCUUAUUUACGGGAUAAAACGAUCAAAUAUGCAAGUGAAAUCAAAGAUUUAUGGCACCCAAUUCGACAAAUGGAAUUGGAAAUGAGACAUGAGAUUGGUAGUAUUUUAGAGGGAGCGAUACUGGAAGAUCUAACUUCCCAGCACCAAUAUCUCUUGCGACAAGUUCAUUCCUUUUAUAAAUCUUGUAUGAAUGAAGAAAUUGAUUCUCCAGUUUUUACAGAUCUUAUUAACGAGUAUUUCAAUGAUAGCGCCAUCUUAAGCGAAAAUGCAACAAUUUUCACAAGUAAUCUAUUAGAUUUAGAUGAAAAGUUGCAAUGGGACCUUGGAUUAGAAUUGAUUUAUAGAAUAUAUAUAAUAAGGCCAGCAACUGAACAACCUUAUAUAUAUAUUCACAUACCGUUUAAAUUAAUCAUCAAGGGUGACAUAUAUCGAGAACAUAAGAAAGAAUCCUACAAUGCAUAUUCAACUUAUAUACAAAAGACACUGGAAAAACUAAACAUGGAUGUUAAUUUGGCCCAGGAUAUAAUGAAUUUUGAAGAAAGUCUUUUACAGAAAUUUAUAAACAACCCCCAACGAUGUAAAGUGCAAAAUGAUUUAGUGUGUGUCAACAUGACAAUUGCAAAUGAAUCUGUCCAAUUUAUAAAUCUUGAGAAGCUACUGAGAAAAAGAUCAGACGCACCUAUUCAGAAUGCUAAGGUGUGCUACUGUGAGGAAUUUAUCAAAGCGUUAAACGAGUGGUUCAAAAAAAACUUGCCUUACAAUAAUAGAAUCUUUUAUUACUAUCUAAAAGUAUUUGUGGCGACUAAAUUGAUGCAGUUUACAAGUCGGGCAGAUGAUAUGGUACAAUACUAUAGCGAAAUUCGUGAGCCAUUUACGAUAUCAAGAACAGAUUAUUGCCAAGAUGAAGCAACAAAAAUAUUUAACCAUAUCUUAACUGCUACUUAUAUACAUAAAACUGGAUUUAAACGGGGUGAUAUGGAAGUGAGACUUUAA